AUGGCUGACUUGAACGAACCGUUAUCAGACGAGGCUGACUUUAGGGAACCGUUAUCAGACGAGGAGAAGGUUCGCAUUGCAGCUAACUUUGUGACCCGUGCUCCCCCAGGAGAGUUCAACCACGUCUUCAAUGACGUGCGGCUUCUUCUCAACGAUGAUGCCCUCUUCAGGGAAGGAGCAUCACACUCAUUUGCCCAGUACAAUAUGGAUCAAUUCAUACCUGCCAGACAUGAUGGCUCCGAAGACCCGGUACUGAUUACAGAGCAUGGUGAUCUGGGUCAGGGCCGCUUUCUGGACCCACGCAACAACUUGUCGUUCCGUUUUGACCACCUGAGCAAAGAAGCGAGCGAUGUACAGACAUAUGAAGGGGACCAAUCUCUUAAAACCUGGAGAGAUUGCUGUGACAAUGCCAUUAGUGCCUAUGUCAAAGAGCAUUACCCUUCUGGAGUCUGCACAGUAUAUGGGAAAACUGUUGAUGGCCAACACACUAUCAUAGCAUGCAUUGAAGGACAUCAGUUUCAACCCAAAAAUUUCUGGAAUGGUCGCUGUAGGUCCGAGUGGAAACUUAACCUUGGGCAGUCCUCUGCGCAGGUUGUGGGAGUAUUGAAAGUCCAGGUGCACUACUAUGAAGAUGGGAACGUGCAGCUGCUUAGUCAUAAAGAGAUAGAGCAGUCAAUACCAGUGACGAGCGAAACUGAGACCGCUAAGAAUUUUGUUGACAUUAUUGAAGAGGCUGAAAAUGACUACCAGAGUGCAAUCAGUGAGAACUACCAGGCCAUGUCUGAUACAACUUUCAAGGCUCUCCGUCGUCAGCUGCCUGUUACGCGCACCAAGAUCGAUUGGAAUAAAAUACUCAGUUACAAAAUUGGAAAAGAGAUGCAGAAUGUCUAA